GUGCGCAGAAAAUUUCUAACCCGCUCAGAAAAAAUGUUCCGAAAGAAAACUCAGAUUGAACCUAGUAGAAAUUCUGUCUUUUGGUCGCACGAACAAUGGCAGUACACGGGUUCAUCAUACCAACGAUUAAGUCAGCUUCCAAAACACAUCCUGGAGCUGGUGGCAGAUGCCGAAGUAGCAAGUAUGGUUGUGGCCCUAGAUGAAAAUAGCCUUGACCCAGACUGUGAUAAGGAAAAGUUCUUCCAAGAUUUGAAGGUGAUAUUGGGUCGUUUAAUGAACUUUGAAUCGCGAAGAGGCCAGGAUGACGACAGUUCUGAUGAGGAACAAAAUAAAUACGCAGUCAGCUUGCAUAAGCACGGGGGUGUAGAGAUCCUAGUGCGAAUACUCAUGCAGCCAUCCCUGUUUCCACCCUUCACCAGUGGAAGAUCAGAAACUGAUACUGACCUCCGUAUAAAGGCCAUGGUUCUGGAAAUAUUGAUAAAGAUGACACCUACGACGGUUGGAGACCAGGUGACAAUGUGCAUAAUGGAUCAGGAGGACGUGUUGAGUUACAUGUUUACCCUGCUCGCCCAUCAGAAGACCUUCAUAAACGCCUGCCAACUUAUUGAGGAUAUGCUGCAGUCUAAGAAGAUACUCCUCGAUCUGAACAAAAUCAAAAAUAUUCAGACCCUUAUACAGUGUCUACAAGAUGAACAGUUGGCAAACUUCUGUAGAAUAUUGGCUGUGGCCAUCUCAGAUCUUGAUAUAUACGACAACAAAUCAUCAUUAUUUGCUCAAAACAAACAAAAAAGAAGUAAAGGUUUUAUAAACGUUCGUGAUAUUAAUCAAGAAUUGCUUCUUAGUAUACCAGAACUUCUUCCAAGACUUGUGAACCUGGCUGUGUCCAAACAAUACACGCCCCGAUACCCAGGCAUGCAGAGUGAGCUGGACUGCUGGAUGGAGUGGAUAGAGAACCAGAUGGCAGAGGAGCAGUGUGACAACCCUGUGGAGGACGAGAUGGACAUGUUUGUGGGCGGUAUUACAGCCCCAACCACUGCAGGCAGUCCCAUGCAGCUACAACAGGGCCUCAAGAUUACAGAGGAGUUGGUACAGCGUGUGGAGGUGGUGUACGUCCUUGGACUGUUCCUGCUGGGGAAACACAGGAAGAAAGUACAGAGGAAGCUUGCAGAGCUGAAGCUGGCCCCUGGGCUUAGUGAUCUGUUUGAUCAGUUUAUAUGGAAGUGCCAAGUAGGACGAUACAGCAGUCGUCACAGAAUGCGAGGUCACAACGCUGCUUGUGAAUGCAGUCCUGAAGUGGCCUUGAAGAUUCAGUUCCUAAGAUUAGUUCAUAGUUUCUGUGAUCAUUCUGACUAUAAACAUUUACUGUUAUCCAAGUCAGAAUUAAAUGAGGUGAAAAGAAUAAAUGCCAAAGCUGGGACUUUGCAACUUCCAAAUCUGGACAAUGUGAACAAAGUGUUAAUGUGCCGUGGAAGCAAAGGACUCCUCACAAAGAUUGUAGAUGUCAUGAAAAAGGAACCAACCACCUCAACAUUUAGGUUCUGGUUAGCACGUGCCAUAGAAAGCUACCUGCGAGGUAGCACGUCCUACUGUGAUCAAGUCUUCCUCAUGAGGCGUGGGCUCCUUCAGCAUGUUGCCUCGAACAUUGUGGAGCAUGAGAUCAGUCAAAAGGAGAUCCUGCAGAGCAGCUUUGACCUCCUAGGGGAGCUGAUCAAGUUUAACAUUGAGGCCUUCAAAACCUUCGACACCAUCUUCACGACAGAUGAAAAGUUUGAGAAGUUUAUCAGCACGGUGAAUCGUAAACUGGUGGACUCCAACAUGUUCAUACGCAGUCUCAUUCUCUCACUGGAACACUUCCGCGCGGAGGACGAGGGGCAGAAAGUAGACUACGCCAAGCGGGACAGCAAGCUUUUGAAGUACAUAGGGGACUUCCGCAAUCAGCUGGACUAUCUCUACAGACUCAUCUCCAUAAUAGACGUACAGAAUCUCACACAGGAAAAUGUCAGCUGUCUGAACACAACGCUGGUUUUCCUGAUGUUUGCUAACAGGAAGAAUCAGCUGGGUAGAUAUCUGCAAGCUCUCAAGGAUGAAAAGGAGGGAAUGCUUGAGGUGAACGGCUCCGUGCAGUUCAUGACCAACUUCCGAGACCUGCUGCUCUUCUGGCAGGACCACUACCUCCACAAGGAUAAGGACUGCAGUGCUCUGGAGAAGAGUUCCCGUAUCAGUUUCGACUACUGGAAGCAGACAGUAGCUACACUUGUUUCAAAUGAGUCAACCAAUGAAUGUGCCAUAGCACACUACUUCGAGCGCUUGCCCUGUGAACGAACUUUCUGAAUUAGUACACUUCCUUGUACAACCCAUUGAAAUAAGUGCCAGUUUAAAAGCAUUCUAAAGUGCUUUAAAGAAGCGAACAAAUCUCCAAUGUGAGUCUGAGUAUUACCGGUACAGAAACCUGACUGUGAUGCGCAUGGUUUUGCAAAUUAUUUAGAUACUGUUUUUUCCAUGUGUCACAGGCAAAAAACAUAAAUGUUUUAAAGUCUAUGCAAGGUUUUUGUCAUGAUAUAGUGUGGAGAGGAGAGAUAAGCUCAUUUUUGUAAGGUUUAUGUAAUAAACCGCAAGGGAAAUCAGUGCUAUAGCUUGCCAAUAUUUGCCUGAAACUUUCAUUCGAUGAAUUACAACAUGCAUGUAUCAAUAAGAAAAAUUAAUGGCAUGCACAUAAAUUGUAAAUAAAAAUAUUCAUGUAUAAAGUUGAUUGUUGGGUUAAUUUUGACAAGCUAUGAUAUAUUGUUAUUUUGCCGCUAACUGAUUUGAAAGGCAAAUCUUAUUUGUGAAUUAUAAGUGACCGGGAGGUCACUAGUUCGAUCCCCGCUGUGGGAGCAUUCUUUAGAUCUCCCAUAAAGACACCAAGUACUGGUUCUAGGCCCAGGAAAUGGACUCGAGAGCGUUUCAAUAAGCCUGAGGCUUUCGAUGUAAUCGACCUAAAAUAAUUAGGUUGAAACUAAACUAAUAAAACUAAUUAUUACAAGAUAGCACUUUAUGAUUCUAAAAGGGUGAUAAAUUCCAAUAGGCAUUUGUGAGGCUUACAAGCCAGUUUCUUAUUUAUUGUCAGUAGAUCCCAGGGGGUAUACGUUGGCAAAUAAAGUUCAAGUUUUCUCGGUCAUAAUUUACGUUGGCAAAUAAAGUUCAAGUUUUCUCGGUCAUAAUUAAUACAUGUAUUUUGCAUUUACUUAUUGCACGAGUUGUGAUAUCUGAAACCUGAAAAUGACUUGCCAUGCAAAAUGAAUUGCUAGGCUAUAUUUGAUCAAGUGAUCUAAGCAAAGAAGUUAAAUUUUCUGUAUUCUAUUUUGAUCAAGGACUGUAAAUUGCCAGAUAAGAAUGUUUUGUUUGCGUGAUUCUUUUAUGGCCAAACUAUGAUGUUUGUGUUGGAGAAUUAUAUAGCCAUGAUUUAUGUAGUUGUUACAGUAAUUAGAGCUUGAUUGGUCAUUGUUGGCUCGGGUACUACUUACAUGUACCCUGGGUACUCUUAAGUAUACUUACAUGUACCCCGGGUACUCUUGAGUAUACUUACAUGUACCCCGGGUACGGUGAAUAUACUUAAUUGUACCCGGUCGAUAUUAGACUGUACCCGAGUUGUGUUCCCGCUCAAAAUCCGAUGUCGUAAAACAAGCUACUGAUUAUCUUAAACACACUUCUCUUUAAAAAAAAAACUGCACCAACAUGCUUUUUAUCCCCCCACCAUAGGCGGAGGGAUAUUGUUUUGGCGUUGUCCGUACUUCCGUCCGUCCUUCCCUCUUUCUGUCCUUCCGUCUUUGCGUCCAUCCGUCUUUCCGUCUGUCCGAAGCCAUACCUUGGAAGUGCUUUGGCAGAUUUCAUUUAAACUUGGUAUGAGUAUAUAUAUGGAUAAGGGGAUGAUGCACGCCAAAUGGCAUUGUACGCCAUCUGUUAAUAACGGAGUUAUGGCCCUUUUUAUCAUGAAAAAUUGCUUUUUUUGUGUGUCCAGAGCCAUUUCUUGGAAGUGCUUUGGCCGAUUUCAUUGAAACUUGGUAUGAGUAUAUAUAUAAAUAAGAGGAUGAUGCACGCGAAAUGGCAUUGUACACCAUCUGUUAAUAACAGAAUUAUGGCCCUUUGUAUCUUGAAAAAAUGCUUUUUUGAGUGUCAAAUAUAACUCUUUUGUGUCCAGAAGCAUAUUGGUGGGGGAUAUCAAUUCAACGAAUUUGCUUGUUGAGUAUGAAUUUCGAUAAUAUAGAGGCCAUUUUACAGAAAAUUGACAUAAAUUUGAAUAUAAUUAAUUUUUUAAAUCAUAGCCGACAACGACUGAUUUAGCGCUUCAUUUCCAGGGUACGGUUUAGUCUAUUUACCGUACCCGGGGUACAUGUUAGUAUACUUAAGAGUACCCGGGGUACAUGUAAGUAGUAUCCGAACCGACAAUGACCAAUCGAGCGUAAUUAGAUCCUUGUUUUUAAAAUGAUUUGCCUUUGAUUUCCAUUUGUGUUCUUAUGAAAAAAUCAUUUGUGUUAAUCACAAAUCAAUAGUACAGUAUUUAUUGUUUGCUGAAUUUUGGGGCCAGUUGCUUUAAACUUGAUCAGAAUUUUAUAGUACAGUAUUUAAUUAUUGUUUAUGACAUUUUUGGCCAGGUGCAUAAAACUAAUAGGCUAUUAAGCCAAGGGCUUGUUAUUUGAAGAUUAAAAGAAGAUAUAAAUUGUUCAAACACUCUCAGAUCAUAUUACAAUUUAUGGAUUUACAGUUAAUGGAAAGAAGUAAAAGUUGAAUAAAUUGUUAUUUGUUUUAACUUGUCUAUGUAUUGUCAACCAAAAUGUGACAGCUUUUUGGCUCUGAGGGCUUAAUUUUUCUUUUGCAGAUCUGAGCAACUUGACCCAGAUGUUAUUGUCCCCUACCGGUUUCACCGGAGGGGACUUAUGGUUUGCGCUUUGUGAGUCUGUCUGUGAGUCUGUCUGUCACACUUUUCUGGAUCCUGUGAUAACUUUUAAAGUUCUUAAUAUUUUUUCAUGAAACUUGCAACAUGGAUAGAUGGCAAUAUGGACAUUAUGCAUGUCAUUUCAUUUUGUUCCUACGUCAAAAAUUGUGGUUGCUAUGGCAACCAUAAAAAAAAUCUGACAAUGGUGGAAUUUCUGACAAUGGUGGCACCGGUAGGGGACCAUAUUGCUUGACAAUAGCCUUGUUUUUGUUUAGUUUAAAUAAUGAAUCAUACAGUCCAUGUUGAUUGUGUUAUUUUCAUGUCUAAAAUUCUUUAGAAGAGAAUAAAACCAGUAAUAACUGCUGCAUUAAGACAUAAUAGGUCUUUUUAAAUGAUUUAUUGACAGUGUAAUUUAAAUACACAGUUCAAAAAUUUAAUUGUGGAAUCUACAAAAAAAAACUGUAUCUUAUUCUGUUGUGGUUGUGAGAUAUAAUUACUUUGAUAUUCAUACUGCUUCUUUUGUUAAAAAAAUGUCAAGAUUAUUUUUACACAGGGAGCAAAUAUUGCUGAAAGAAUUCACGAUUUAAAAAGUAGAAGAGAACAGAAUGACUUUAUUAUAGAAGAAAGAGCUGUGGAAGUUUCCCAUUAAAUAUCUUUAGAUUUGUAUUCAGUGUCUAAAUGUGUCGUGUUCUGAGAAAACUGGGCAUAAUGCAUGUGCAUAAAGUGUCGUCCCAGAUUAGCCUGUGCAGUCCGCACAGGCUAAUCAGGGACGUCACUUUCUGCCUACAUGUAAAUUGGAAUUUUGCAAUGAAGAUACUUCAUUUAAACGAAAAAGGUCAUAAAACGGAAAGUGUCGUAACUGAUUAGCCUGUGCGGACUGCACAUGCUAAUCUGGGACAACAUUUUACGCACAUGCAUUGAGCCCAUUUUUCUCAGAACGCGACUCAAAGGCAAUCCUUUGUGCCGUGUAGUAAGAUGUUUGAAACAUCACAAACUACUGCCUCAAGUGUAUUGUGCAUGAUUUUGUUGUGGAAUGAUACCAGUGGUACUUGUACUACUUUAUAUGUGUGUUUGAAAUUAGUGCUCUGGGUAAAGCUAUACAAAUUCAAUGUAAAUAUUCAGAAUUUGCUGAUAUUGUUACUGUGUACAUAGUUUUACCACAUUGCCCACUGUACAGUAAUGGGUAUUUUUUCUUGUGUAAAUAUUAAAUAAAAUUCUACAUAUGCAACAUUUUAUGUACAUAGAUGUAAAAUAUAGAAUGACUUACUUCUGCUGUUUAAUAGUCGGGAAAGCAUCAUCAUUCCUUGAGCCUUAAUGUUCAUUGGAAAGAUGGAAACCAAACAGACAUGUCAGAAUUUCUGAACAAACAUAUAUCAUAUAAACCAUAUUUGGGCUUUAGUACCAUAUUGUGAAUUUUUUUAUAGAAAUAUAUUUUGGAGCAAAUAUUUGUUAUAUGUGUAGUGAGUAAUGAAUUUUGCUUCCAAGAAACAAGUUUUUAUAUAACUUUUUGCUAUACACCUAUAAUGGUAAACAAUAGAACAUUAGUCAGGAUUUGAACUAGUAACCUGAAUAUAAUUUACUUAAACACACAAUAUUUUUACAAAUUUAAUAACACGAGUCCUUCACAGGUUAUGUUAGUAUCCAACCAAAAAAAUGGCCGCACUAACCUAUAAAUAAUAUCACUGUAUCAUUUGAGUCGUGUUCUGAGAAAACUGGGCAUUAUGCAUGUGCGUAAAGUGUCAUCCCAGAUUAGCCUGUGCAGUCUGCACAGGCGAAUCAGGGACAACUCUUUCAGCCUAACUUGGAUUUUUGCUAAGAGGAGACUUAAUUUAAACGAAAAAUGUCAUUAAAGCGGAAAGUGUUGUCCCUGAUUAGCCUGUGCGGACUGCACAGGCUCAUAUGGGACAACACUCCACGCACAUGCAUUAAGACCAGUUCUCUCAGAACUCAUUUUACUGGUUAGCUAACAAACCAGUCUAGCUAAUGUCUGGGUGGAUUAAUACCCAGGAAAUCAUAAUUGUUGGCGAUUUUUCAUUUUAUUUCAUAUGUAUGUAAACCGUGUACAGUAAAAAAAAACGUGCAGCAUAAUGCAGUCGUUUUUGUGUGCUAUUCACUCAAAUACUGUAAAUAGUUUCCUCUUUUGUUUUCCCGGUAUGACCAUAUUGUGUACGUGUAUUAGAAUCAUGUUUUCAUUCGUUUGUUUGUACAGCAAUUAUUUAUAUGCGUGCUUGAAGCUUGUUGCUGUUGCUACCCCACACAAAUGAAGUGUUCUAUCUAUAAAUAUAUAUACUACUGGUAUUAUUGAAAAUGUAAAUACAUCAGAUUUUAAAUAAA